CGGCACUUUGUCUCUGGCCAAUUUGGAAGCAGUGUAAACCCUACCAGUACAUACCGUAGCUUCUUCAUACGCUUAUUAGGCCAAAUUAAGACAUGUCGAAAAGGUCUGUAGUAUGGCAGCAUUUCAUUGUAGUAAUGGAUGAUGCCAAAAAAGUGGAAUGCAAACUCUGCAAACAGCGGUUUGCUUACCAUAGUUCGACAACGAAUAUGACAUAUCACUUGAAAACAGCGCAUCCCCAGUACAGCACGAGCGCCUCCACUGCUAGCUCAGGUUUAACCCAAACCACCUUGGACCAGAAUUCCCCAAUCUCAGAAAAAAGAAAGAGAGAGAUAACUGAGGGUAUCGUGGACUUCAUUGCCUUGGACAUGAGGCCCGUUAACCUGAUAGAAGGCGUGGGAUUUAAGGAUAUGAUGAAAAUCUUGGAGCCUGGUUACACUGUUCCCAAGAGAGAGACUGUUAUGCAAGCUCUGACAGCGAAAUAUGAGACCACAAAAGAGAAGGUUUUGGAGUCUAUCAAAAACAGCCAGGCAGUAAGUUUUACAACCGACAUGUGGACCUCACUGAGGAUGGAGUCAUACAUGACCGUAACUGCCCAUUUCAUUACGGAGGCCUGGGGACUGCAGUGUCUUGUGCUGGAGACAAAGCAAAUGGAGGAGAAUCACACCGCCGCCACCAUUGCGCAGAGACUUGGAGAAGUGGCCGACAAAUACGAAAUCCCAGGAUGUAAAAGGGUCGCUGUGGUACACGACAACGCCGCAAAUAUGAUUUUGUGUGCAGAUAUACUGGGGCGGGAGGAGAAAUGGGCAGGUGUUAAAGGAAUCAGAUGUGCUGGACACACCUUACAGCUGUGCAUCAACGCCACUCUCAAUCAAGACCACAUCUGUCGCACUGUGGUUGCAGCCAGACUCCUUGUGGCUCAUUUUAAGAAGCGAACAAAAGCCAGAAAGGGACUAAAGGAGAAACAAAAAGAACAAAAGGUGGUUGAACAUGUCCUGAUCCAAGACGUUUCCAUGCGGUGGAAUUCUUCUCAGACCAUGUUAGCGCGUCUGAUAGAACAGAGAUGGCCUGUAACAGCAGUGCUCUCCGACCCCAACUACACUGGAGAAAAUGAACGCAACCUUGAUCUCACCCCAGCGCAAUGGAACAUGGCAGAGGACAUUUCAAAUGUGCUGAAGCCCAUUGUCACCCUGACUGAGCUGCAGUCCGAGGAGGAAAAUGCAUCCUUAUCUGCAACCAUACCCAUGCUGGCCAACCUCAAACGCCGUCACUUGGCACCAGUGGAGGACGACAGCCCCACCACUAAGAGUCUUAAAACAAGGCUGGUGGAGGAAUCUGACAACAGAUGGCAGCUCAAAGACCGACUAUUUGAGAGUAGCAUAUACGUCCAGGCAGCAGUCGUAGACCCCCGCUUCAAGCUGCUUUCGUUCCUUGACGAUGCAAAACGGGACGUAGCCUACAUCAACGUGUCCCAGCUGGCCGACCGGUUGAGCGCUGAGGGAGACCGAGACAGCUCUACACCCACGGAUAAAGAGGUACCCGCACCAAAAAGAAAAAAAACAGAUAAGGAGCGGGAGAUUGAUAUGCUAAUGUGUGGAGAUGAGCGAGAGAAAGAGUUUCCGGGGGAUAGCAAAAAAGAAGUUAAGUAUUAUCUCCAAGAUAGAACGAAAGUCGACGCUGGACCACUAGCUUGGUGGGGGAAAAAUGAGGACAGGUAUCCGAGGCUGGCCAGAGCAGCGAAAUACCUCCUCUCGAUUCCGGCGACCUCUACUCCAUCAGAGCGGAUAUUUUCCAAGGCAGGGUUUAUAUUCAAUAAAACGAGGAGCUGCCUUCUGCCCGAAAAUGUUGACAAGCUGGUGUUCCUGUCGCAUAACUUGAAAAGAUUGGGGAAGUAGGCUAUUAAACGGCAGCCCAGGUCUAUGUGAGUAAGUAGGCUAGUCCGAUACAGUUGACAGAUGGAGAAGAUGAAACUAUUAUGCUAAAUGUUUGGAAUAGCCCAUGCUUAUUUUUGUAGCCUAUGCAAGCCAUUUUAUAUGUUCAGCAUUAGAGUUUAAGCUGAUGUUGAUACCAUUUGGGGCUACACCUUGCUCUUUAUUUUGUUAUUCAUGUAUUUAAUUCAUAAUUAAACAUUUACUGUUUAAUGUUCAACUCUGUUGAUUGAAUACUAGGCCUACUGGCUGUAACUGCUGCUUUUCAUUAUUUUAAUUAAGCACAAUUUAAAAUAGUUCAAUUUGUUAUGUUCUUAAUUGGAUAUUUCCAUUUUGCAAUAUCAUAUUUGAGAGAGUCCGUGAUAAGCUUAGCUUUAUUUAAGCUAGGCUACUGUAGGUAUAAUUCAGAUUGUUAAGUACCAUGAUAAAGACAUUAGAAAGUUGUUAUCUGGUUGUGGUAAAAACAAUAAGGCCCCUGUGGUGUUUAAGCAGAGGUCCAGAGAGACAAAUUAAAUGCUAAUUUCUAGUGUCUUGAGAAAUAGACAUGGGCAAAUUUACAAGGCUUUAGAUGGGCCUUGCAGAGUUGCAUCUACUAUGUAUGGUACAGUCCAAUCUGUUUCAGGGCCAUGGCCAUUCAUACUGUACUGCACACCAGUGUGACAUAAUAUACACACAUAUAUUCAAUUAAACAACCAUUUUGUACUCCCUCUGCUACUGUGAGGAAUUUCCUAGUAGAUUUCUCACUUCCCAUGUCAGGUUGUUACUACUGCUGCUCUACAUACUGUAUGGUUUGAAACUAAAACAUAUUUCCAACUUAGUAACCAGCAAAGUGCACAGUUAAACUGAGUUACAUAUAAACAAAAAAAGUAGGUAUGAAAGGUCAAACAAAAGUUAAUCAAGCUACACUCU